AAAUAUACAAACAUAAUGGCUUCCAUAUUCACUAAAAGCACAGUCCCCCUGAUUAUUAUGGUGCUUUUUGUGUUUUACAAAUCAAACUGUGUUUUUGCAGAGAGUAUAAAGCACAAGUAUGUGAUAAUCAGAAAUGAUGUUGGUGGAGGAGUGAAUCUGACCCUCCAUUGUAAAUCAAAGGAUGAUGAUCUUGGGGUCCAAAAUAUAUCACCUGGUGGAGAAUGGGGGUUCCAUUUUAAGACCAGUGCUUGGGGAACCACACUGUUCUUCUGCUCAGUGGAAUGGCCAGGCACAUCCCAUUACUUUGAUGCAUUUGUCCAAUCUAGGGAUAUGGAUGUUUGUGACACUUGCGUUUGGAGUAUAAAGCCCGACCAACCAUGCAUUGUAUUCAGUAAUAGAAGUGUUUGUCAUCCAUGGAACAAGUGAUUUAUUUAUUAUGUACACACACAUACUUAUACAUAUAUUUUUAUAUGUAUAUGUUUUCAUUUUAAAUAAAAUAAAUUUUUUUUUUA